AUGGCUUCCACAAUCCCCAUCAAAGUCAAGCACAAUGGCAAGCUGCACGAAAUCAACCUCGACACAGCUCAGCCCGCCACUGCAUUCAAACAGGCCAUCUACGAAAAAACGGGAGUGCCUUCGGAUCGCAUGAAGGUCAUGGUGAAAGGUGGCAUGCUAAAGGACGAUCACGACCUCACCAAGAUCGGUGCACGCGCAGGACAGACGUUCAUGGUCAUCGGCACAGCGGGCGAAUUGCCCAAGGCGCCUACGGGAGCGAUUACAUUCAUUGAAGACAUGACGGACUCCGAGCUUGCGCUAGCGACCAAGUCGAGAGUGGGUCUGACCAAUCUGGGCAACACGUGCUAUCUGAAUGCGACGUUGCAGGUGCUGCGUGCGAUUCCAGAGUUGCAGACGGCGCUUGGUCAGUUUGACGGCAACCUGGGCGGCGCGGAUGGCGAACGCAAUUUAACGGCUGCUUUGCGGGAUCUGUACAAGAACCUGUCCGAGACCACCGAGCCUUUUCCGCCUUUUGCGUUCUUGACCAUUUUGCGACAGGUGGCGCCUCAGUUUGCCGAGAUGACGCGCGACGGUCACGGUUUCGCGCAGCAGGACGCCGAGGAGGUGUGGGUGCGAAUCAUCCAGGCGCUCCAAAACAGCCUUGAUGGGCUCUCUGGUGAAGCUACGCUGGACCCAUCGCGCAAAUUUGUCCAACAGUACCUUACCGGCCACAUGGUUAUCAAACGGUCCACUGCCGAAGCACCCGACGAGCCAGCGUCGAUAAGCAAGGAUCCGUUCUCGAUCUUGCAAUGCAACAUUUCGUCUACCACCAACGAGAUGACCUCUGGCAUUCUCGACUCGCUCAACCAGCAGGUCGAAAAGACGUCUUCGACGCUCAAUCGCACUGCCGUGUACGACGAAACGUCACGCAUCGAUCGACUGCCCGCCUACCUGGCCACGCACUUUGUUCGAUUCUACUGGAGGCGCGACAUCAACAAGAAAACCAAGAUCAUGCGCAAAGUCAAGUUCCCGUUUGUCCUAGACGCUACGCCGUUCCUGUCGGACGAACUCAAGGAAAAGACCAAGCAGACGAAUUUGGUCAUGAAGAACAUCGAGAAGGAGCGCGAUGAGAGGGCCAAGAUUCGCAAGAGGGCCAAGGCGAGCAAGAUUGCGCAAGAAAAAGCGGCCAGGGAGGCCAAGAACGGGAGUGAUGUGGGUAUCGCGGAUGCGAGCUCGAGUGGUGUUGUGGUGCGCGAAGCUGAGGCGCAAGAUGGCGAAAGUGGUGCGCGCGCUAAGCUCGCGAUGGUGCUGACGGAAGAGCAAGAGUUGGCUGAGCGCGCCAAGGAGCGUGAGGCGAUUCGAGCAUCGAUGCAUCCCGACUUGCUUGCUGAUACGGGAUGCAACGUGUCUGCGCUGUACGAGCUUGUGGGCGUUGUCACUCACAAAGGCGCCGCCGCCGACGCUGGUCACUAUAUCUCGUGGGUCCGAGCCGACCUCGAUCAACCGCGCCAUCCCAGCGCUCGCGAUCUCGACCAAUCCGACGCCGACCAGCACUGGUACAAGUUCGACGACGACAAAGUCUCGCGUGUCUCAAAAGACAAAAUCCACGCCCUCGACGGCGGCGGCGAGGACAGCGUCGCCUAUAUCUUGCUAUACAGGUCCAAGUCUCUCUAG